AUCACAACAUUGUCCAUGUUUUUACAACUGUUUGUUGCCUACGGCUUCGAAAGGCCGUCAGUUACAUCGCAAUUGGAGCUUCUUUUCUUGUGUUUCUUCCUCAUUUCCAGCGGAGAAGUCAAUGCAGUUGAAGAUAACGGACGUGUUUGGCUGAUGAUUCCCGAUCAGAAAUAUCGCGUAGUUGAACCGAAUACAACGCUCACGAUAACGAGUAGCUACGUGUAUGAAAAUGAGAUGGAUGCUAACCACACGGUACUCCCAUGGAAAUGGGAAUUGCCCGAUUUUCUCACCAAACAUCCACAGCUGACAAAAGUAGAGGAGCGUUUUCAAGAAACGUUGGAUACGAACGGAACUCACGUGACAUCUUCGAUGACACUGCAUAACGUCACGCACCAAGACACGGGCUACUUCCGAUUCCACUACGGCGACGUGGAAUUAAAACAAUACGUUUACAUUUUCGAUGGAAAGAAUCUCGUCACAAUCACCGACAAGAGCUACUACCCGAAUUACUACCUGUUCUUUUUCCACCAAGGUGAACUGGAAGUUCAAAUUCCUUGCAAGUCAACCCACCCUAAUGUCACCGUAUCUCUCGUUCACGUUGAUCAACUCAACAAAGAGCCAAACUUUGACGAUGCGUUAAUCGAACAAAAUUCGAAAUGGUUGUUUGAACACGAACGCGGAAUGACGUUGAAACACGUGAUGAUAAACAACACUGGAAAUUAUCGAUGCAUUGGCACCAAAGAUAACGUCACUAACGAGAAACAAUUUACCGUUAGCGUUAAAGGAAUGGAGUUGGAAAGGAUUGGCGAUUCAGAUGGCCCGUUAGAAGGAAGCAACGUCACUUUAAUUUGCCGUACAAUUUAUCCCGAGGUUAAAUUCCCAGCCCCACCGGAAUGGGCCUAUCAGAUUAACAACACUGGACGAUUACACGUUAUAAACGAGGCAAGCUCACCCAAAGGCAUUCAAAUAACAACGCGUGAUUACAGUAACCAGCGCAAUACUGGAGGAUUCAAGUUGAAUUAUUACGAGAGUCGAUUGGAACUGAUUGCGAUCACGCGAAAUACCUUUACCACGUUCCAAUGCAAAGCUAAUAGAGACAAAGACGCCGUAACUAAAACCAUUUCUUUUCGAAUAAAAGAUGAAAGACGCGAUCUGCUGUCUAGUUUGGGUCAUUUGGACGAAAGAAGGACAGAGGGCAUUGCCACAAUCGCCUUCUCCGUUUGUAUGGCAAUUUUCAUGGUACUUGGAAUCGGCAUCAGUGUUAAACUCUAUUUUGAGAAGAAACGCAAAGCGAUAACGGGCGCAAAGAGACUAUUGGAAGGAAAUGUGCGAGAAAUCAACAACAAAUUGCCUAUGGAUGAGCAAACUGAACUCUUACCUUACGAUAAACGAUGGGAAUUUCCCCGCAAUCGUCUCACACUCGGAAUCCAACUGGGCGCUGGAUGUUUUGGAAGGGUCGUCAAGGCCGAGGCAGUCGGGAUCAAAGGCUCUGAUGAAAUUGUCAAAACCGUGGCCGUCAAAAUGGUGCGUUCGCAAACCAAUAUCGCCGCAAUGCAAGCUCUCAUCAGCGAAUUAAAAAUCCUCAUCCACUUGGGAUCGCAUCUGAACGUCGUCAAUUUAUUAGGAGCCUGCACUAAGAAAAUAUCGAAAGGUGAGCUUUUGAUCAUUGUCGAGUACUGCCGGUUCGGCAAUUUGCAAUCGUACUUGCUCAAUCACCGGAGCAGCUUCAUUAAUUUGGUAGACGACUUUGGGAAUAUGCGAUCAAAUAACGAGGCAGAAGAAUUCGACUACAUGCUCAGGGACGAAUGUUUCGGUAAUACGUCGAGCGAAGAAAACGAUCUCGUUUCCCACAUGACUAAAUCACUGGGCAACUCAUCUGGACGAAAUUCCGUCGACUACGAAUGCCCAGAAGUGUCUCCGUUGGAAAUCCUGGAGGAGGCAUCGGUAACCGAAUCCUUUUGGCAAUACAAGCAAGAUCCAGAUGUCACUCUAAAUCGGCCCAUUUCCACACGUGACUUGAUCUCCUGGUCCUACCAAAUAGCAAGAGGAAUGGAUUAUUUGGCUAGCAGAAAGGUUCUCCAUGGCGAUUUAGCUGCCCGCAAUGUUUUGCUGGCCGAUGAUGGUGUUGUGAAGGUGGCAGAUUUCGGUAUGGCCAAGAAAAUGUACUACGAAGGCAAUUACGAGAAAACAGGCCAAGGAUUGAUGCCCGUCAAAUGGAUGGCCAUUGAAUCCUUGACGGAUCGCAUCUUUUCCAGCCAUUCGGAUGUCUGGUCCUACGGGGUGCUUCUCUGGGAGCUCUUUUCCUUGGGGAAAGUUCCAUAUCCAGGAAUGGAAGCUGGUCAUUUGCUCAUCAAAACAAUCCAACAGGGAUACAGAAUGGAGAAACCGUAUAACGCCCCUAAUUUCUUUGGUGAAAUUUUAAGCAAUUGCUGGAAAACGGAUCCGAAAGAUCGGCCAACAUUCAGCCAAUUAGAAGCGACGAUCUGCAGUAACAUGGAAUCAUCAAUCAGUUCCAACUAUCUGAAUUUGAACGCUCCGUACGUCAAGUCCAAUGAAGAGAAGGACAGAGCCACUCCAACGGAUCUUUUUGGGCUGGCCAAACUGUUGAACGAGAAAUCCCAUUUGAAUGACAAGUUUUACGUAAACACGAAUUUGCAUUCUCAAAGUAAAGAGGACGUGAUCCGCUAUUCCGUCUUUCCUCAGCGAACUUAAAAACAAACGCAAAUAAAUGAAAGGCAAGAUGAAUGAAGAUGUGUAGCAAAAACUGAACAGCUGCCAUCUGAACAUAUUCCAUAUAAAUAUGUUACACGGAGCUAUGGGCAUACAAACUAUGAAUUAACAUUCAACAAUUAUAAAUGUCAACUACUCCGGCUUCCAGGUUUAACUUGGAAAAGCGCUUUCUUCGGCCGUUAAUUGUAAUCGAU